ACAGUGUGUGAGCGGCACGCCACACCGAGGCCGCUCUCGUUUUCGUGCGUGCGCGCUCAAGCCGCUGCGAUCAUCCCCCGAAGAUGGGACGCCCCGCACGCGGAAGGGCAUCCGGCCCCCGCCGCUCCGACCCGGUCGUCGAGCCCACCGCCGCACCGCCGGAAUCUUUGGAGACGCCGCGCCCCGCCGGGCCUGCCUCACCUCCAAUCGAGGCCACCAGCGACAGCGACACUCUGCCGCUCUCCGACGUCGACUCCACACUGUCCGACGCAGACACCCCCACUUCUGACUCCGAGUCCGGGUCGGACUCGCCUGCCCCGCCACGCCAUAAGCGGCGGAGAGGAGACGCCCGACAUAGUCGCAAGACCAGCCCGCCGCCCAGUCCUGGGCCGACGGUGGAUUUUCUUCGCGCAAGCAAGGCACCAUUAAAGUCCACACAACCGCCGCCACCGCGCCGUCUUAAGCUGCCCACGGUCGCCCCGGAUACUCUUCGCCGGCUCCGCAACCGCUCAAAGGUUGUGGACAUCAACGACCUACUACACCCGCGCCCAUUUGGAGGUCGCGGCGGGACUGCACCAGCCCAGUCCUGCACAUCUACGGCCGACUACCUGCGCGGGCUCGCCAUCCUGGUCGCCUACCGCUCCUACUUUUUCCCGACGAUGGCCGUCCAAUGGGCCAUGUACGCGGUGUGGCUGCACGGUCACGCAGCCGGCCUCACCCUGUCGGCACUGAGGGAGCUGGACGGCCAGGGACGGACGCACCUAGCACAGUACCCGCAGGACUACCACAGCCCGGCAGAGCUCACCAAUGCGUGCAAGGGUUCCUGGCGUCCCGCCGCUCGCUCUCAGGCUUUCCGCUCGGUCCCGACACCGCCGGCCGCCGUCCGACGCCGCGCCCCGCCCUCCCCGAGCCGUGCUUCCGCUGGAAUAACGGCCGGUGCUCUGCCGGCGCCUCAUGUCGCCGCCCCCACACAUGCACCAGCUGCGGCGGCCCGCACCCAGCCCACACCUGCCCCUCAGCCCAGGGAAACGCCCCGCGCCCGCUAAUGACACCCCUAGCGGGCCGCUACUAGCUCCAGGCCGCGCGGCAGCCACGGUGGGUAACGCCCCCGCCUCAGUGCCGGACCACCCUCAUACGCCGGUCUCACCCCACAUGCUCGCACAGCUGUCCUCCCCACUCACCGACCCCGCCCUACUGCGCACGGUUACCGACCGGCUACUACAUGGGGCGAACAUCGGCUACACCGGCCCACUCACCGGCUCACUUCGCCCAAACAACCGUUCGGCGAGCGUGUAUCCUGAAGCUCUCACGACCGCCUUGCAGCUCGAGAUUGCACGGGGUCACGCUGCCGGACCGUUCCCCUCCCCGCCGUUCAACCCUUUCCGCUGCAACCCCCUUGGUGCUCGUGACAAAAACGAUGGUACGGUACGCAUCAUUCUGGACCUCUCUCAGCCGGACGGUCACAGCGUGAACGACCAUAUUGACCGCGACACCUUUUCCAUACAGUACGUCACCACGGAUCAGGCCAUUGCCGCUCUGUUUGAUUGCGGGCCACGCGGCGCUCUCCUGGCCAAGGCCGACCUUAAACAUGCCUUUCGUCUGAUACCGGUGCGCCCUGAGGAUUGGUGGCUUCUUGGGUACCACUGGCGUGACCAGUACUACUUUGACGUCCGCCUCCCGUUCGGCCUCCGAUCGGCAUGCGCCAUUUUCAACGACCUCGCCGUCGUGCUCCGCGACGCCGUAUCCUUCCACUCCAAGAAUUCAAAGGUUUUCAAUUACUUGGAUGACUUCUUCUUUUUCUCCCCCGCCGACUCCCCCCUCUGCGCAGCCGCCUAUAACACCUUCCGAGCACUGUGCAACGCGUGCGGUGUCCCGGUGGCGGACGAAAAAUGCCAGCCUCCCAGCACACGCAUGGAGCUGCUGGGCUGCGUGCUGGAUACCACAGCCCUGACUAUCUCCCUCCCCGACCGCAAGGUCAUGGACAUCGUCACCAGCCUCCGCACCGUGCGCAAAGCACGCAAGGUACGGCAGCGGCACCUCCUCAGCCUCAUUGGCAAGCUCGUGCACGCCACAAAAUGCUUCCCCGCGGGCCGCAGUUUUUUCCGCAGGCUGUUGGAUACUGCCCACACCGUCUCCCGGCCCCACCACUGGGUCACUUUAAGCAGGGACACUAAACGUGAUCUCGACUGGUGGCUGUGCCUCCUACCUACCUGGAACGGCGUCGCGCCACUGCUCCACCCCACCUGGACCCCACCCGCUCACACAAUACUGCACACGGAUGCCUCCCAUGUAGGGUACGGCGGAAUGUGUGGUGAGGAAUGGUUCUCGGAACUAUGGCCGCCUGCCGCCCUUGCCUGGGCGAACAGCAUAACAUGGCUGGAAAUGGUGCCGAUCCUGGUCGCCUGUGCACUGUGGGGGGCUCAGUGGUCCGGCCGUCGCAUCACCUUCCACUGCGACAACAGCGGGGUCGUCGGGGCGUGCACAAAAGGCUGGAGUCGGGACCCACGCCUCAUGUCCUUGCUGCGCCAGCUCGCCUACCUCGCCGCCUCCCAGUACUUUGUGUUCCGAGUAACACACGUAGCCGGGCAUGAUAAUGGCACCGCCGACGCCCUCUCUCGCCUGCAGCGGGCCCGCUUCCGUGCACUGCAGCCCAACGCCCGACCGGAACCAACCCCGGUGCCGGCUUCUAUCCGCCGAUUCCUAGCCCAGCCAACCCUGGAGGGUGUGAAUUUCAUCGACGGCCGCUAUAUCUAGCCAGACCGGCGCUCAGCCCGCUCGCAACGGCCUCGCCUGGCUUCCAGGCGGCCACACCGCUCAGUGAUGCACCGCUCCGACCGACGCCCCCCCCCCCUUGCCCCGCCCCCCCCCCCUCCCACCGGUCUCAGAAGCACCGGCUAUAUAGCCUUGAACGCCACUACGGCCUCUCGCGCAUCAUGUUCGGUGACGUGUCUCUGCGACGCUCCCUCCGACGCGCCCCCAUAACUGCACAACGGCACAUUGCCACGGUGCCGCAUCGGCCGCUUAGUGUGUUAUCGUUUAAUACAUUUGGGCAAAGCU